UAAUUGAAUACCAGUAGGGUGCGAUCAAGAUGUUGGAAUAUAGUGGUCGACGAGGGGAAAUACGGUGGAGCGAUCAGACGCUUCUACCUAUGCGUCCCAUCAAGCAAUUCUCCGGCACCGUCUCUUGCUGGUAUUGUGAUUUCAAGUUUUCGGCCCUCAAUGAACCCUUGUUUCGUUUCGGUCGGCGACACUCUAGGUCCUUGAGGGCAUGGUUCUCCAUAGGAGUCGUAUUUAGUUUGGCUGCUUUACUUGGAGUCACACUAAUUAUUCUAUGUGAAUUGGUCCGAACAACACUUGUAUGUGCCGGAAAUACCUCGACGGGUAACUCCUUGUUUGGGCUUGCCUCUGUGAUUGGCGGGUUGCACAUUUCACUUCCCAAUAUGGUAUAUUUGUGCUUAUCUUCUGUCAUAUGCGUAUUUGUUCAUGAGCUUGGGCAUGCUCUUGCAGCAGCAAGUGAGGGUGUGCACGUCGAGUAUGUUGCUAUCUUUUUGGCUGUGUUGUUUCCAGGAGCUUUGGUAGCUUUCAAUCACUCAUCAUUGCAGGCAUUGCCAGUGGUUGCUUCUCUCCGUAUAUACUGUGCCGGUAUUUGGCACAAUGCGGCGGUAAGUUUUUGUGUUGGUUGCGCCUUGGCAUUAGUCCUUCUUCCCUUCAUCUUCAGUCCAUUCUACAUACACGGUGAAAGCCUAAUGGUUCUGGAUGUGCCGUCUAUGUCACCAUUAUACGGUUAUCUCUCACGUCAUGAUGUUAUAUUUUCUUUGGAUGGCAUCCGUAUUCAUACUACAGAAGAGUGGAAGCAGACGAUCACUAUGUUGACUGAGCAGACUUACUCGCUUAGCUCUGAUCAACCUAGUGUAAAUUUAAAUGUGGAAAAUGGUUAUUGUAUUCAUCAAUCUUUGACUAAGGAGAUCGCUCAAGUUCAGUUUAAAGGGAAUCAAACAUAUUGUCCAAAUGAACUCAUUGCCUUUGCAUCGAUGACCUGUCUGGAUGUGGAAAAGUAUACUAACAAUGCCAACCGAAACAAUCAUCAAAGAAGAGAAAAUAUUCACUGUUUGGAUGCUAAGGAUGUGAUAAAGCUUAAAAAAUGUGCCUACCCUAAUUUUAAGGAGCAAGAUUUAACAAAUGGAAGUAGUUGUCUUUGUUCAGAGGUAGAGUCAUGCUUGGCGCCUAUGCAGCUACCAGGUCUAGGGUGGGUUGAGAUAACAUAUUCAAGUUUGGAAUGCCACAGUCGUAGAAGAAGUUUAUUUUCUCCAGAAAAGCAUUCUAGCAGUGAACAAAUAAGCUGUCUUCAAACAUUUGUCUAUGUUGGUGAUCUGAUCACGAUGGCAAAUUCCAUUCAUUUGACUUCCUAUCAGCCUCGUUGGACAAUUUAUUUCAUGGCAUAUCUUCCAAAUUUAUUGGAGAAACUAUUCACAUAUGCCUUCCAUGUCUCUAUGGUACUUGCUCUCUUGAACAGCCUGCCGGUGUUUUUUCUUGACGGUGAAUACAUUUUAGAAGCGACUCUACACUGCUUCGGUUCAUUGAACUCCAGGAUGAGGCAAUCAGUUCGGCGGUGUUGCCUGCUUGUAGGGACCUCUUUUUCUGCCUGUUUUAUCUUGCAGACAAUCUUCGUCUCUGUAAGCUAAUGUCAUUUCAUCAUCGUUCUUCAUUUAAUUUAUAUGUCGGUAUGUGCUCUGAGUUUUGUAGUUGUUUACUGGUAGACGUGGUAGUUUUUCCCGAUGUCAAAUUAAAACCGAUUGAUGGAAUUUACCAGUUUAGCAAAUAGGUUUGAUGAAUGUCAGUAAUUGAGGGAGGGAUUUCAUUCAGAUAUAUUUUUGGGUUGAAUUCGAAGUUAUCAUUUUUUUCUUUUUAAAAUCCA